AUGGCGUUCUUGCACUCAGUGCUUAAAGAUGUCCACGCAAAACAGCCUUACAGUGUUGGUAAAAAACAACUAAAAGAUAAUGUUGUUGAUCAACUUGGACGUUAUUUGUGUUCAGGUCAUGAGGGUUUUAAGAGUGUCAUUGGCCAGGUGGCCGCCGGUGUCCGUGGGUAUAAUAGGGAGGUGGAGAGAUCUAAUACGGCGGUCAAGACAAUUGUAACUGGGAUGCAGAGGAAUAUGGAGAGUCUUCAAACUCAGGUGAGUGGAAUUUUAAAAGAUCAUUCUGAUGCAGGUGAUUUCGAGAAAGUGAGGAAGGCGGAAACAUCUAUCCAUGACAGGUUGACGGACUGUCUUAGCCGUGCUGACACUUUCGAGAAAGAAAUGUACAACGCACAAAAUAAGGUUCUAGACUUAAAUUCUAAUUUGCGUAAUAAUAUUUUCAUUGUCAAAAAUAAUAUUUUGCGUGAACGUGAUAGUCUUAGCAGGUUGGCUAAGAAGCAGCAGAAUGACUUAAACAGCAUGGCGGACACAAUUCGUGAGGCGCUGGAGUUUCUCCGAAUAUGUGUUAAAGAUCAGAUUAAAACGGAAAUAAAGAAGUUUGUCGAGGAGUUGAUAAGAUUGGUGAAGGAUAUAAAAAGCCUCCUUGUUAAAAUUAGGGACACUCUGGAGGAGUAUGAAUACAAUCUAAAAUCAUGGAUGAAAGAGGCCACUAAGGUUUUGGAAGGCACCAUUAGGGAUACUGAAUUGAUUAUAAACAUGGCCAAUGGAGGUAAAGAUAGUUGGAAGAAAAGGGUUGAAGAUGCUGUGAAGGAACUAGAGCGCAAGACAAACGAGCUCACAUAUUACGUUGAUGCGCAGGUUAAGCCGGGGUUGAAAGGUCUGGUCACCGAAGCCCUCACGGCCGUGAAAACGAUGGACGACGAGCUGAAGCAGGAUUUGUUUGGGGUGAGGGAGGCGAUAAAAAGUAAGGUGGAUGCUAUUACGGAGAGGAUUGGGGCGCUGUAUAAGGUUAUUGAUCCACAAGGCAACGGGGUGUCAGAUGAUCAAAAGAAGAAGAUUGAAAAGAUUUUCCAACAUAUUAAAGGGCGGUUUAAUGAGAUAUCGGGAAGUGGUGUAAGAAGCCCGAAUGGUCUAAAUCAGAUUGUUCAGGCGGUGCAGGGAUAUGUUGGGGAGUACAGUAGGAAUUUUGAAAGUACUGUGAAAAUAUGGGUGGACGAUAUUCUGAAACUGGAAAGUGACGAACCUUUGAAGACAUCUCUCGGAUUUUAUCUUAACCAAGAUGCUCAUUUCAAGACAGGAUUUCAGAAAAAAGGUCUGAACAUCAUAAGAGACACAGUUAAAGAAAAAAUUGUAGAACAUGUUAAGAGCCUUUUGGGACAGCCUCCAUUGACGGACGAUAAAGUUGAUCUAAAAUUGACAUCCAUACAGUCUUGUCUCAAUGCCUUUGCACAAAAGCUGCAGAGUGACAUAUCUGGAAAUGCUUCAACAAUUGUCCAAUUGGUUGAAAAUGUCAUUCGUGAUACUCAAUCGUCUUCUCGCCUUACGUAUGAUAAAUCCGAUUUAACGCAAUCGGUUGAAAUGGCUUUAGCCACGCUCGCAUCCACCGCCAGGCAGGCGGGUGAGCAGGUUAAAACCCUUGCUCAAAAGUGUAAACUGGUGAACAUUAACAGUGCCUUGAGCGCGGCUAAAGAGCUUUUUGGUAAGGUUGAAAAUGCGGUUGGCCAAAAUCAUGGUUCUCCCAAACCCGGCCAACCAGGCACCGCCCAAGCCGUCGACUUAGCGAUCAAGGCGGUGAGCGACACGCUCGACGCGCAGUUGCCGGAAGACAAGCCCAAUAAAGUUAGCAUUAAAAAUACCACCGACCGCACUGUUUUCGAGCAUUACAAACAGCAAGUCGACCAAGCAAGCCUUACAGCUGCGACCACUAACAUCUAUAAGCUUGACGGCGCCCUUCCUGCCGCGAUCAAGGAGAUUGGAGCUGAAGCUUCAAGCAUCACCGUUGAGGAGAUUACAAGAGAUGUAAGCAACCUGUCCAGCGCAAUCACCAAUAAUGUUAACUCCCUCACCAAGUCGAUAUCAGAAACCGCCAACGAUGGAGUGCGUGCGACUCUUAAAUUAUUGAGAGACGCCAACAUCGGUCACUCGCUCACCAUGCUGAAAGGAAAAUUCCAGGAUUUGAGAAAGAAAUAUGUGAAUAUGGUCAUCCAGGAUGCGGAUAGCUUUAUAACCUCAGACGUUCCGAGAUUGGAGAGGGAAUGUAUCUCCACCAUAACUAAUUACGUCGAUUCCAAAAUUAACGACGCAAAAAAUAAACUCACCCACCAAGCCCGCAAACAUUACGUUACAUCCAUACGAAAAAUGUUGCAGGCAUUUUCAAGCAAAAUUAGGAGCCAAUUAUUUGAUUUGCCCGCGCAGAUCGAGGAGGACCUGCGCGUAGGGUUCAAGGGGUUUAUGAAGACGCUGGAAGGGAAGGUGGAAGAUAUCGACGGGACACCGACGGGUAAAAACAUUAACAAGCUUAAAAGCCUUACUGAAAACAGUGUCCCACAUCUAUCCAUAGCAUUGCACAGCUUCUUCACUACAGUAAGAAAUUAUGUUGAUCAAGAAAUCAAGAGAGUUCACCAGCAAGAGUAUGAGAAGAAAAAUCCUCCUACUCCCAACACUCCAGAGCCAUAUGCUGCUAGACUCGACAAGGUUUAUACCACGUUUAGCAUCUUAUUAACCCACAUCACUGAUACAAAUAGAUACGACCAUCUGGUGCCCGGAAUGCUGGACGCCGUUGAAUCAGCAAUCACAGCUCUCACUCCGAAAGACUUUGCCAACCCGAACACCGCAAUUCUAGAUGGUGUCCGCAAAGGACUUGGUGUAUUUGUGGCCGAAAUGAAGAAAGUGUACAUCAGUAAGUAUGAUAGCCAAGUCCCUACAGAUGUGUGGGUGAUUCACGAAAUGACAUCUACCACAAAAGGCGUCGAAACGCAAGAUAAGUUCACUGAGGAAGGCCGAAAGGCCGCUAAAGUCCUGCUCACUAUAACCUCCACGCUGUAUGAGCAACUGCAUUUCUUGUACUAUCACUGCUCGACCACGUUUUCAGCCUUUAGCAUCGAUGGUACUAAAUACAAAAAUGAUGCUCUACAAACGCAUUUCGAAAAGCUGGGUUAUGACAUUCCUAAUUUGAUUAAUAAAAAUAAUACUGGUGAUCAUGUUGCCAAAAAAUUACGCGAAGCGUUUUUUUACACGUUUGAUUUCAAAACUUACCCAGAUAAACAUUCACAUCCUUAUUUCGAGAUAUACCUUCAGGCGAUUCGGUUAUCGCAGGGCCCCCUGUCAUUGCUAUACUGGAGCCUGGCAGAUUACUUUAAGGCGUGCCACUUUAAAAUAUCUGUUUCCAAAAUAUAUCCGUGCUCAAUUAAAGACAUGUCGGCUUGGAUUUGUGGUCUACCGUAUACAUUAGUCUUCACGCAGAUUAAUGGCCACUGCAAAAAACAGCUUAAUGUGCAAAAUAAAUCAACAGGCAAAUUCCCCAACAAAGAUGACCCCGUCAUUGGUCAAGCUCUUAGAUACAACUUGUCUCAUAGCCUAUACGCUACUUGCCAAAUUACCUACAACUUCCUAACCACUAUACAGGGCCACGGUCGUGGUUUCGACCAGGCCGACUACCCGUAUGCGUGCAAUUUUUGUGACAACUCACGUAACUUUUACUACCCUCAAAGCGUCACAGAAUUAUUAGACAUGUUAAAAGAUAUAUGUACACGUCUACUAAGUGCGCUAAACUUAUUGCGAACACGAUGUAAAUAUGAUGCAUCAUUGGCUAACGGGUGGGCUGACUGCUCAUACGGUCAGGGCAUCCCCGGUUACCAAUGGAAUUGCAACAAACCUACAGGCCAGUCGAACAGCAAACCAAGGUGCCAACCAAACGACCAACCAAAUUGCCAACCAAAGUCCCCGCUUCAGGCUCAUCUAACAGACCAGUUACCCGGUUGGCUACCACACAAAUUAGAGUCCGUCGGUUGCUCAGCUAAAUGUUAUACCUGCCCAAAAGCGUCCCGUGGUCAACAAUGUAUUACCCCGAUGGGUUUCUGGGACCUGACCAGUGCAGGAUCGAAAGAGGGUCUCGGUAAGGAAAUAUACGAUGUCCUCUCCGACAUGUGCGGUAAUGCAGAUUCACCACUAUGUUCACUGCUUCGUUGUCUAAUCGCUAUGCUACCAUCUCCUCCCAGAAGUUUAGGCGAUAUGUUUGCGUUCUACUGCAACGGUAUGCAGAGAUGGAAUGGAACAUCAUACGAUCAAGACCAAAAACAGAUAGAUCAAAUUGACAAAUGCGUGCGUAUGUCAUUCCCCUUCUCUGAAGAUUUCCACAAUAACUUCCAAGCGGAGCAGCUCACCGUACCGCUACGAACGCUUCACUAUUCCUCAAGUGAUCACAGCGGUGCUGAAUCCGAUGCUAUCACGCACUCGGACCUGUCGAGUAUUACAGUCCGAUCGAAGUGUAGAAAUGCAGGCACGUGCGGCCCGUAUAUUCAGCCAUUAUGCUUCCAUGCACAACACUCUUAUGCGCAGAAACACGCUGGGCUAUUUAUAUCGUGGUACAUACACCUCGCAUGGCAACUCUGGGAUCUGUUGAAAGAAUUAUUUGACGCAUUCAAAGGAAUUGAAUGCAAAGCGCACGGAUGCAGCAAAUGUGCCUGUAAAUCUGGAAAACACGGCGAUAAGGAUGCCUGUAAAUGUAACUCAGUCGCUCAGUGUGGUGGCGUACUACCGACGUUAUAUAAAUAUGGCUUCACAUUUGGUAAUGCUAAGAGCCUGCACAACACCAAGCGGUGUGACAAUUUCUGCGCUCAACUUCGAAAAGUCAUCGAAUCGAAUUACUUCUCCACUAUAUUCACAGCAAUCGACGACUUCAUAUUUGCAAUACGAGCGCCCUUUACAUGGACACUUGUAGCCCUCUGGUCCCUCUCUUUGCUCUACCUGCUGCACAUCGCCGUAGUCCGCCUCGACGUGCUGAGGAUCCGCUCCCACCUGAAAUCACCCGCAAGCCACCGCAUCGCCGCCCAGUCCCUCCUCGCCGCCGCACGCGUCAGGGCACUCGCCAACGUCAAGUACUUCUCACCAUAA